AUGACAGAUCAUCAUUGUUGUGGUGGAUCACAUUCUCACUGUGACGAGCAGUCCACAACCAGUAAGAAUGGCACCGAUUUAUCAUCGAGUCCUCAACGAAUUUCGUCCGAUGAUGUUCAUAAACAUUUCACGUCAAAUGAUAUAGAGAAUGUCAACGAUGAAUCACAAACUGUUUCUCAGCUGUUCGAUAUAGCUUGGUCAAAUCAAAACGACUUGCAAAGUCCAUCGGUUGAUACGACAACUGAUGAAUACUCAAGUAAACUCCUCCAUACAAUCCGUUUGCUUGAAUCAUUGGAGAAGCGUCUCGCUUCACUGGAAUUGUUUAGCGAUAACGAACAUAUCGAUGAAGUUUCGACAACAAAUCUACGAUAUUUACUUUUAAACGCAUUUCUUGCUUGGUUAUAUCAAACAAAACGAUCAAAACCAUCACAACGUUUAGUGAAUGUUCAACAUGCAUGCGAUUACUAUGCGAAAUUCCUGACGAUGACGAAAAAUUAUGAACUGCAUAAAUAUUCCAUUCCGAAAGCACCAUCGAAUGACGAUUGUGGGAAAACCGAACCGGUGUCUAGUCGAGAUGUCGACAUGAUGAAAAUGGCACAAGAUCGAGCUUCGAAGAUUCAAGGUCAUUUGAAACGACGUGAAGCGGAAGAAUCGAUGCGAGCAUUUGAAGAAGCGAUGAAACAUGACGCAACUGAUGAAGAAGCUAAACGUAGCUUUUAUCUAAGUAAAAUCCGUUGGUGGAUCAAUACAGCAAUGGAUGACCUUGUUUACUUACAUGACGAACUUCGUGUCUUAUUACAACGUCAAUCGAUCGAACCGAAUGCAGAUGAAGAGCGUCAUCGACGUCCCGGUCCUCCACCAUCAUCACGCCCAUUUAAACCAUUGGUCAUCACACGCGAUAUGCUCCAAUCAAAAGUCUUCGGUACCGGUUAUCCUAGUGCAUCAACGAUGACAAUUGAUGAGUUUUAUGAAAGUCUUGCUCGUCGAGGUCUAGCACCUACGCCUGAACAAGCCAAGGAAAUGGCUGCUGGUCCGAAAUUUCCAACAGCCAGUGAAAUGGAAAAGGAGGAAGUCGCUCGAGAAAAUCUCACUGAAAAAGAUGAUUCUGAUAUGAUAAGAUAUUUACGAUCAAAAGACGAUUUCAAAGAUGAGCAUCACCGCGGCGAAGGAAAUCGUCAUAACCGUUCUUAG